AUGGUCGAAAGGGAGAUCCGGUGCUGGCCGGCUGAAACGCCAGCCCUCCUGGAGCUCACUGCGGCCCGCUGCGCCCUCAAGAAGCUCAAAGACCUUAUUUGGCCGGACCGUCUCAAGGAGCUUCUCGAGGAAGACACCGCAGCCGGCUCGGCGGGAUGGCACGACAUCCUGAACCAGGCAUUGGCCGUCGUGCAGAGCGGCGCCUCGCACGCCCUCGCCGAGGCCCACCUAGCCGCCACGGUUCCGGAGUGUGGCAGCGGCAAUAGCAACAGCAACUUCACGGCCGGCAACUUCAUCGGCUGGUUUGCGCACAGCGCGUUCAGCCACGUGGAGAAGCUGUGGGUGGGGCAUCCGGAGCACUACGGCAUAAGCAUCUCGGCGAACGCGGACGGCACGAUGGGCGGCGAGAUCCUCGAGCCUUGGGGCUCGCUGCUGAGCAACAAGGUCGCCCCGCGCUUCGCGCCCGUCGGGGUGCCCGGCGGCGGCGUUAAGAAGCCGUGGAUGAAGCCGUGGAUGAAGCCGCGGCCGGACUUCCCGCUGUAGAUGGCCGGGACGAGACCCUGACGGACGGGUCGGGAGCCGUGGUCGCGAACCUGCACUACAGCUUCCGCGAUAUCCCCGCCGCGAGGAGCGGCGGCUAUGGGGACGACAGUACCAGCCAGACAUGUGUAGAGGCCGUCCUGGCAAUCUGGAUACUAUCGGUGACGCCGGAGGCUGUGGUAGAGGGGAUUCGCCGGCACUUGACUAUUGAGUACGCCAACUGGUUGGGGAAAGCCUACGAGGAUCUCAAACCAGGGGUUUUUAAACCGGUGUAAGUAGAGUAGAC